CCUGAUCCUGCUCGAGAACGCCGCCGGUGUGCCCAAGAAUCUCCCCUCCCCUCUCCCAAAAGUUGUCUUUGCUAGUAGUCGCAGUCAGCUGGGUGGACUGUGACAUUUUUGCACCCAAUUGAGUCCCCCAUCCCUUCCGAUCACGUUCUCGCACAAUCCAGCCCACCAUGUUUUACCGAGCAACCGCUGCCCGCUCCAUCCUCCGAGCGGCUCCGUCUACGGUCAAUGCCUCUAUAACCCGCUCUAUCUUAACGAAUACCAUCUUCAAGUCGCAGUUCACAGCCUCUGCUCGCCAAUCGCCUUUCGUCCGUCCCACCACCUUGGCCCUCGCUACCCGAAAGCCGGUAACCACCGCCUUGGUUCGAUAUGCUUCUACCGCAGAAAAGAAGGCAGGCACCGAGCUUGUUGAGGACCCAGACGUCGACAUGAUGGCUGGCGUGAAGAAUGACGUGAAAGUCAUCAAGGACACAUUCAGUCUCCAGGAUGUCCCAAAGGAAGCUCUCUAUCUCGGUUUGGCCGGUGUUACCCCAUAUGUGGUCACUUCCCUCAACACCAUCUACCUUGCCUGGGAGAUGAACAACGCAUUGACCACCGGCAGCGGCAAAUAUAUCUCGGGAGAGACCGCUGAGCUCCUCAUGAACGUCAUGGAGCCAAUCCAGGUUGGCUAUGGCGCUGUGAUCCUUUCGUUCCUCGGUGCUAUCCACUGGGGUCUGGAGUGGGCUGGAUAUGGCGGCAAGGUUGGCUACAGACGUUACGCUUACGGAGUCAUUGCUCCAGCUGUCGCCUGGCCAACUCUGCUGUUCCCAGCUGAAUAUGCGUUGAUCACUCAGUUCCUCGCCUUCACCUUCCUGUACUAUAACGACGCUCGUGCGGCUGUCAAGGGAUGGACCCCAUCCUGGUACCACAUGUACCGCUUUGUUCUCACCUUCGUUGUUGGUGCCAGCAUUGUUGCCAGUCUUAUCGGACGUGAGCAACUGGCGUCCCACUAUGCCUCGAAGCACGGCGUUGCCGAUAAGGUCCAGGCUUUAAGAUCGAUUGAGUGGAAGAACGAGGCUGAGGCUGCGAAGGAAGCUGAGGGCAAGGAGGAAUAAGCCAGCUGCAGUCAAGUGAUGGUGUAGACAAGCGGAAAAAAGUUUGCAUUAGCAUUGGUGGCAGUGGGUUGGUGUUGUUCAUCAUUCCCUAGGAUCGUGUGUAGAUUAGCUGGAUCACCCUUUUUUUUGUUUGGAACUUGCGAACGCAAUAAUUUCAUUUGUUCAGUUUUCAUGUAAAUAUGUUCAAUAAAUUGAUUGGAAUGGC